UGACUAUAAUUCCGUGUUCUCCAGUGAUGUUUUCUGUAUUCGGUUGUUUUGAGCUGAAGAGAAUUUGUCGACAUGUCUGGAAGAGGAAAAGGCGGGAAAGGACUCGGGAAAGGAGGCGCUAAGCGUCACCGAAAGGUUCUUCGCGAUAAUAUCCAGGGAAUCACUAAACCCGCUAUUCGUCGUCUUGCUCGCCGUGGGGGUGUCAAGCGUAUUUCAGGCCUGAUCUAUGAAGAGACCCGCGGUGUGUUGAAGGUGUUUCUGGAGAACGUCAUCCGUGAUGCUGUGACUUACACUGAACACGCCAAGAGAAAGACCGUCACCGCCAUGGAUGUUGUGUACGCGCUGAAGCGACAGGGACGCACUCUGUACGGGUUCGGCGGUUAAGAGACC